CUUCCCGCCCUCAAGGACGCUGGUAGGUUGAGCGGUCACAGAGGGAGGAACGAAUUCAGAGCGGGGGCCAGUGUUUUUAAACAAUAUUCUUUAUUUUAUGAAGUACCGUGGAUAAGCUUUAGAUAUUUUUAGGAUAUUAAGAUCGACUGAAGGUAAACGAUGCCGACUGCAAGGUUUCAGAAUGGAGAUACUGUAAUGGGCCGCUGGCCUGGAAGUAACCUUUAUUAUGAGGUCAAGGUGCUGAGUUAUGACAACAAGACUCGGCUCUACACUGUCAUCUACAAAGAUGGGACUGAACUGGAGCUGAAGGAAUCUGACAUCACGAGCCUGACUGUAUUUAAGCAGGGCAUUGCACGCUCUCGGUCCAGAUCCCGCUCUCGUUCGCCAGGACGCCCGCGUCGCAGUCGUUCCCGUUCUCCAGCUAGAACGUCCCGCCGAUCUUCCACUCGCACCACAGAGGUGCGCAAGGAAAAACUCAAAGAAGCACUGGAGGUCCGACUCACCCCUGUGUCGAUGACACACGAGAACAAUAGCAAUGGCAAACAUGAGAAGAAAGAGGAAAAUAAUACAGCCAAUCCAGCUUCCACAAUCACUGAGGAGAAGACAGAGACUGAAUCCGAGAACCAGGCAGGUGGGCGCUACAAUCUACGGCGCAGGAAGGACCAGAGCGAUGGCAAGACAGAAGAGUUGGAGCAAAAGACAGAGACGGUGACAUUAUCGCAAACUAAACCACCCACUGCCAGUGCCAUCAAGACGACUGAUCUGGAGUUCGGAGGAAGAGUUGGUGUGUUUUUCCUGAUGUUUCUGUUGCCUGUGGCUGUGUUGGCAUUGCUCAUUCUCUGUGGACAGAAGGAUGCCAGUAUCCAGAGCUUCCCUCUUGAGCUCCCUGCCUUUCAGUCUCUCUGGGACUGUCAGGUCUUUGGCAUCGUCCUGCUCUGGUUUCUCUUCCAGGCCGUUCUCUCCCUGCUCCCUGUCGGGAAGCUCGUUGAAGGAAUGCCUCUCAAGAAUGGAAAAACUUUGAAAUACAGGAUUAAUGGUUUCUAUGCACUUCUCCUCACGGCUGUGGCAGUAGGUGUUGCCAUGUAUCAGGAGGUGGAUCUCAGCUACAUCCAUGCUCACUUCCUGCAGUUUUACACCUCGGCCCUGCUCAUUGUCAUUCUUCUCAGCAUCUACCUUUUCAUCCGCUCCCGCUGGGCGUCUGAAGAUGAGCUCGCUCCUGGAGGCAACUCUGGCUACUUUAUCUAUGACUUCUUCAUGGGCAGAGAGUUAAAUCCCCGCAUCAAGAGCUUCGAUAUCAAGUUCUUCUGUGAAAUGCGCCCAGGCCUGAUGGGUUGGGUAUUGAUUAACUUUGUGAUGUUGCAAGCUGAAAUGAAGCACCAGAAUCUUGAGAAUCCCUCUCCAGCGAUGCUCCUGGUCAACAUCUUCCAGCUCCUGUGGGUCGUUGAUGGCUUUUGGCAUGAGGAGAAACUUCUGACCAUGAUGGAUAUAGUGUACGAUGGCUUCGGAUUUAUGUUGACAUUUGGAGAUCUGGUUUUUGUUCCCUUCACAUUCACCUGUCAAGCCUACUAUCUAGUCAGCCAUCCCAAUGAACUCUCUGCAUUCUGGAUCAUUACUCUCGUCGCUAUGAAUGGAGUUGGGUACUAUAUUUUCCGGAAAGCCAAUUCUCAGAAGUUUGCCUUCAGUAAGAACCCUUCUGACCCAGCAGUGUCUCACCUGAAAACCAUCCCUACUGCGACUGGAGAGAGUCUUAUUGUGUCUGGUCUCUGGGGGUGGGUCCGUCAUCCUAAUUACUUGGGUGACAUCAUCAUGGGGUUGGCCUGGUCUCUUCCGUGCGGAUUCAACCAUUUGAUCCCAUACUUUUACCUGAUUUACUUGAUCGGUCUGCUGGUGCACCGUAAUGCACGGGACGAGCGCCAGUGCAGGAAAAAGUACGGCUCUGCAUGGGACGAGUACUGCAAAGCUGUUCCGUUCCGCAUUUUCCCGGGAAUAUACUGAGGACUCACAGACUCGAUCUGUUACGGACACUCGGGGGCAAAAUAAAACUUUCCUCAGGAUGACAUUGAACAUCAGACAUGGGAAUGAAUUCUUAGCAGCUUGGCUUUUUUUUUGAAUCUUUGACUUUUUUUGUAAUUGAGCAUCAAGUUAAAACCAAAUUAUCCGCUUUGUCACGAAAUGUUUACGGAUUGUGGACACUGCCCCAUUUUCGAUCUCUUAAAGAUGUAUAUUGUUGUACAGGUGUUUUUUUUACUCACAAGAUUGUUUUGAAUAAUCCGUAACUUUAAAUCUCAUUUUAUGUACACAUAUACACAUUUAAAGUAUCUGCUUGGCUAUUUACCAUUGGCUUUUGUAACAACAGUUCGUUUAAUGCUUUUGUAUAUUGUGUAUGAUGGGAUUUUUUUUUUUUUUUUUUGAAUAUGUAUAGUAAGAAAAGAUGUAAUGUUCUUUCUCAGGACCAGCAAUUUGUGAAAAAAAAAAAAAACUAUUUUCUUAAUUUCUGUACAUAUUUAAUAGAAAAAUGUUAGGAUUGGUUUGUAUUUUAGGCAUUAUGCACUAUGUUAAACAACUUUCUUUUUAUCCAAAGUUCACAAGAUUUGGCUUUGCUACCUCAGAAUUUUUCCAGUUGAAAACAACGUAAAAAAUUUGUUUUGUUUUCGGAAACUGUGGAUUUCAGGCACUAUGUGAAGUGUCUACGUAAGUAUCUUUUGCGAAAUCAUAAUUGUUUGCUGUGAACAAUAAUGUUGAGCUAUGUACUUCAAUCUUGUACAAGGUAGCCUCACUUCUUUACAUUUUCAUUAAGGUUUUAAUUUAAAAUGUCAAUGCUAUAAACUGUGAAUUUAAUGUAAAGCUUUUCUUAACUUAUCUAUAAUGCGAGUAUAUCACUGUGGGCAUAACAUUUGUCCUAAUGAAAGUUUGAAAUAAGUGUUUAUAGCUAAGAUGAGCUUUUACUUUAUCGCAGUGAAAUGAAGCAUUGUACAAUGUUAUUUAUCUGGUUCAAUUUAAGAGUGUUCACUUUUGUUAAAUUUGGUUACCUGGCAAUCAAUUUCUGUACAAACACCUUUUUUUAAAUAUGCAUUAAUAAUUAAACCACUAGACAAACCGUCUGCCACAUGUGUUGCCACAAAA